AUGUAUAGACGAUAUAUCGUGAAAACUCGGUUAGUCCAUUUCAAAAAUACGUAAGAUCGGGAGACAGUAAGAUCAAAUCGCAGAAGAAUCGUGUAACGUUUCUCUUAAAACGCAUAAAAUUUGCAUCUGAAACAAAUAAAUAUUAGUAUAAACAAUGAACUUACAGUUGACAAUAUUAUUAACGAAACGAAUCAUGACCGAACGUAGCAUUAGGGGAUCGAUAUUUGCAAUUAUUUGUGGCCUGAUGACUGUCACGUUUGGCGUGAUCAUGAAAAAUAAACGGAAAGGGUGGAGCAGCUGUCAAGCAGAAAAGAAUGAGACAGAUGUUAAGCAGAGAGAAGUGGAAUCGAAAAUCAAAUUCACAAUAGAUGACAAAAAACAUAGUUCAUUAGAAGAUAAAGUUGAUCACACAGUUAUUCCCGAUUUACAAGAUCCGAAAUGGAUCUUAAUCGGCAAAGUGACAAAUUUGCACGCUUAUCCAUUGAUCUCGGGCAAGGAAUAUGCCGUUGAUGAAUGCAAAGUGAACUAUAAAGAGAUGAACAUGUUUGAGGAGAGCAUACAGAUGAAGUGUGAUAGAUCAUUCGUAGUAUUCGAUAAUUUAACCAAAUAUAUAAUAACCUCCAAGACUAUCCCAACGUUGAGUGAGGUGAGCUUAUCAUUCGAACACAAUCACUUAAUAUUACAAGCCGCAAAGAUGCCCACUUUAUGCACCGAGUUAAACCAAUCAGCAAUCGUCAAGUGUGAUUAUUGGUGUAGCACCAAAAUGAUAACAGUUCCCAGAUUAAUUUGUAUUGAUUGCGGCGACGAAGCUGCCAAAUGGCUUUCCAGAUUUUUAAAAGAGAAAGAUGAUGGUGUACGCUUAGGAUAUAUUACAAAUUCUUUGUAUUUAAUGAGCACAUUCUGGCACACUUGGGCAAGAGAUUGCAUAAUAUAUCGAAAAUCAUUGCGAAAUGAAUACAAUUUGGAUCCAUUUGUAAAUAUAUUAAACAGCAUAUUAAUAUCGACGGUCCAGUAUGAAAAAAUGUCUGAAAAAUUUGAAACAUAUGGACAGGACAUGAAGUACUGUCCGAACAUCAUCAUUUCCACUUCAAAUCUCUAUAUAGGAAAAAUAUGGAAAUGGAUUAAAAUUGGCAAUGUAAUAAUCAAGAAUAGCUCAUUGUAUCAAACAUGGCCGAAAUGCAAUCAAUUGGAAAUGAAACAAAAUGCAAAAUUUUUCGCGAUAGGAGUUAAUUGCGAGGUGCACCUUUCGGGAAAGAUCAAACUAAAUGACGAUGUCUUCGUUCAUUUUCAUGAAUAUAAGAAAUAAAGUAUAAUGAAAAUGUUUCUUUGUGAAAGAGUUCUUUCUGCUUACCAUAAUACUU